CCAUCCACAUUCAACAACUCAGCAGUCCGGUGUUAUUGCGCUUCAUGCUGCAAUACUUCCAGGACGUUUGAUCGUGUCAGGAUACGAUCAGAGCAGAUUAAAGGGCAGUUAUCCAACAUUUUUCCGGUUUGUUCCUCCAGACUGGGACCAAGCAGCCGCUGCUGCAGGACGCGCCGUAGGAUUUACGCUGAAGUUGUUCACGGCGCAGCACGAACAGCAGCCAGGCAGGGUGGGAAGUUGGUCCUGUCACCGUAACGUUCCCUCAGUGCACAGGACCUCGGUGGAAAUUUAUGGUUUAGACAGCGGUUGUCACACAGAUGUGCACAAUGUUAGUGCGUGGAAAAUGACUGCAGCCAGCACCGACCUUUCCAUUAUGGUGAGAAGAUGUCUUCUUACUUUCAAACCAUUCAGGAUCUUUGUGGUGGGGAUUGGCUUCUUUAGCCUGUGCUUUCUAAUGACCUCUCUCGGGGGGCAGUUCUCGGCCAAGCGACCCGGAGAUUCCCCCUUCACCGUGCGAUCCGAGGUACUUGGUGGGCAAGAGUCUCGUGGGGUGCUGAGGAAAAUCAGUGACAUGCUGGAGGUCAUUAUGAAGAGAAUGGACGCCCUGUCCAAACUGGGUAACACCACCGACACCCACAGGCUGGAUGAGCUCAGCUCGGCCCUGGACAGGAUUCAGCCUAUGGGGCUAGUGGAGCGUAUCCAGGCCAUAGCCCAGAACAUGUCUGACAUGGCGGUGAGGGUGGAGCAGCUAUUGCAGCGCAGCAUGGCCAGCAACAGAGUUAGGGAUGGAAUAUUAGCACAAUGUGAGAUUCCAAAAGAUCCCCAUUAUCCAGACUGCCCCAGCAAGAUGGACUGGAUGCGCGCUCGUUGGACCUCAGACCCUUGCUAUGCUUUUUAUGGAGUGGAUGGUUCUGACUGCUCAUUCCUCGUCUACCUCAGUGAGGUUGAGUGGUUCUGCCCCCCGCUGGCCUGGAGGAACCAGACUGCUGUACCCACCUUAAAACCACCACCCAAGAGACAGGCGGUUUUCCAGUCUGACACCGGGACUCUGCUGGAGCGGGUGGGCACCGGGAAGGAAUCACUGAGCUUCAUGAAGAGACGCAUACGCAGGCUGGCAUCACAGUGGGCCUCUGCUGCUCGACGGCUGGAUGACAAGCUCAGUGGCCGCUGGAGAGAGCAAAAAAGGAUUCUAGUCCAUGUGGGCUUUCUGACAGAAGAGUCUGGCGAUGUCUUCAGCCCCAAAGUGCUGAAGGGGGGUCCUCUGGGGGAGAUGGUGCAAUGGGCCGACAUCCUCACAGCCCUCCAUGUGCUGGGACACGACCUCAAAAUCUCGGUUUCUCUCAAGGAGCUGCACGGGUUUCUGGGGGUCCCUCCAGGAAGAGGAAGCUGCCCUCUGACCGGGCCGCUGCCCUUUGACCUCAUCUACACAGACUAUCACGGCCUGCAGCAGAUGAAGCAGCACAUGGGUCUGUCACUGAGGAAGCACAAGUGUCACAUCCGAGUGAUAGACACCUUCGGCACUGAGCCCGCUUACAACCACGAGGAGUACGCCACUCUGCACGGCUAUAGGACCAACUGGGGCUAUUGGAACCUCCACAGCCAGCAGUACAUGACCAUGUUCCCCCACACCCCAGACAACUCUUUUAUGGGUUUUGUGGCAGAGGAACUGAAUGAGACUGAGAGACUGAACAUUCGGCGAAACAAGGUUAACAAUAUGGCUGUCGUGUACGGCAAAGAGGCCAGCAUGUGGAAGCUUCAAGGCAAGGAAGAUUUCCUGGCCAUUCUGCAUCGCUACAUGGAGAUCCAUGGGACGGUGUACUAUGAGACACAGCGCCCCCCAGAGGUGCCUGCCUUUGUCAAAAACCACGGUCUGCUACCCCAGCAGGAGCUGCAACAGCUUCUAAGAAAGGCCAAGCUUUUCAUUGGAUUUGGCUUUCCGUACGAAGGUCCCGCCCCUCUGGAGGCCAUAGCCAAUGGCUGCAUUUUUCUACAACCCAAGUUUAAUCCACCUCGCAGCUCCCUCAAUCAUGAAUUCUUCAGAGGGAAGCCCACCUCCAGGGAGGUGUCCUCUCAGCAUCCCUAUGCGGAGCAGUACAUCGGCAGGCCGCACGUCAUCACCAUCGACUUCAAUAACUCUGAAGAGUUUGAGGCAACCAUCAGAGAGAUCAUGGAGAUCAAUGUGGAGCCAUUUCUGCCUUAUGAGUACACCUGUGAGGGGAUGCUUGAAAGAGUUCAUGCCUACAUUCAGAACCAGGACUUUUGUUCUCCUGAAGCUCCCUUUCCUCCAGUAAACUCAUCUCAGACUUGGCUGGGCGGCUCACGGAGCCCUCUCAUCCCCCUGCCCAACUCCACCAUCCUAGCCUGGGCCUCCAACACCAGCUACUACACGCCUUGGCCUCCUCUCAGUGCGCUGCGACUUUUGGCUUCGCUGCAAGGCCAGUCUUGCGUGAAGGCAUGUCAGAGUGCAGGAUUAAUCUGCGAACCUGCUUUGUACCGUUUCAUCAACAUUAAGGAGGCCUUCAGCGCGCUAAACUUCCAGUGUGAGGGACUGGAGUCGGAGAUGAACCACCUUUUCCCAGCCUUCUUAGUAGAACAUGCCGAGUGUGGCCUGCAGCAGGACCCGCUGCUGUUCAGCUGCGCUGGCUCUAGCAGCAAAUUCCAGCGCCUUUGCCCCUGCAGGGACUAUCGUAUCGGCCAGGUGGCGCUCUGCAGGGACUGCCUAUGACCAGAGGAGGACAUGGUAGACUGAGACUUUUCUAAUACUUGGAGACACUCUUUGACCAGGUCAGUCUAUGGUAAAAUGCUGUAAUGAACAAAGUGGGUACAUCCCAAGUCUCAUAUAUAAGCACUAACAUUUCUCAAUUGCGACUUUUCUUUGUGUCUUAGUCCCGCGCAUGAAAAAUGGGAGGCUGAAAAAAGGUAAUGAAAUGUGAGGAGUCAGGAAUUGUGGAUGAACAGCUCAGCCUCCUCAAUCCUCACUUGACCUGGCAGUUGUUCCGGUCAAGCGAAGACCAAGGAGUGAUCAUAAGAGACUUGGGAUGCACCCGGUGACUCCCCUGUUUUACCUCUGAUCUAGGACUGGCUGCAGUGUUAAUAACCUCUCAGGGAACUGCAUGAUACUUUGAAUCUGGAGAGUUUAAAACCUCAGUUUAAAGCUUUACAUGGGUGCACACUCUCUACAGAAGUCAUGGUGACGUGUCAUUUGAUGGUUAAGUUAGAUUAGUAAAGAAACCACAAACAAUCAAAAGAAAAGCUUUGAUUUAAAAAAAGAAAUUGCAAAUGCUUGAAUUUCACAAGUGUUUCUACUCAGUGUUGUGUGAAUACAUACAGUCAUAGUGGAGUAUGGAUAUUUGUACUAGAGCCACCCAAAGCCAUUUACACUGUGUUGACCUGUACUUUUUUACGUGUCCUGUAUGAAUAGAUUUGUACAUACAUGUUGCUUAAUAAAACACAGGGGGAAACAUAUGUUUCCAUUAUGCAUAAAGUCACAUGGUUGUUAAUUAUUAUUAUUGCAUUUACCAUCAUAAAUAUAUCAUCAACCUUUCAUGGUAUUUCAUACUGUAAAGCCAAGUGUGAGGAAAUAUCCUAAUUACUUCUUUCAGUCCAGUUUAUAGCAAACAGUGCUGGCUCUGGCUUUUGAUACACGGUGACAGUAGUGUUUGGGUUGAUGCAUCUUUUUUUGCCACUUAACAAGGUAUUUAUCGUGAAUAGUACAGUAUUCUUCAGCACUGUAUAUACAGAAACACAUUGCAUGUUGCAUUCUUUAGAUAGAGAUGUAGUUUAAUAACAAACAUCAGCUUCCUGUAUAGAGAUGAACUGCAGCGUGCACGCUGAUGUCUGGUAAAAAUCAAAUCAAAGCUUUCUCAACUUAUCAGAAUACAAUAUAAUGUUGGUAUAUGAAGCAUCAUGUUAUUGUUGGCAGGCAGACAGGAAGGCUUUAAACGGCAGAAUCACAUUUUCUCAACUAUUUAUUAAAACUGUGCAUGUUGCUUCCUAAUGC